CACAGUUUCCGUCGAAACAAAGCCCCAAAUGCAGAUUCCAUCCAAAUUUCACCCUUUCUUCAAGGUUCGAACACAGUUGAGGUGAGCUCACAUUCCAAAUAAUUCCGGUGCCGAAAACUGAUCGUUUCGAAUUCCGUCGAAAGGCUUAGACGGGAUUCCUUGGACUACGAGGCAUGUCUGGUUCUCGGCCUUCACUUGUUUUCUCUCGUGAGUUUUUGUGCCCAUCAGCUUAAGCACAGAUAUCUUUAUCAGACUCAUGGAUGGGACCCUUGUGAAGCAUCAAAGAGUCUGCAGUCGAUAUCUGUUCGCUAAUUUUAUAUAGAAGAUUCUUCUGCGCUAUUUUGUCAGUUUAGCUUAAGACUAAAUAAAGAUCACUAGACUGAGCUACUGGAAUGGAUCCUAAUUCAUCCCAGAUUCGGAAUGGGAACACAAAAGAGAAAGCAAAAAACUUGAUGUGGACGAAUGAAAUGGACCGUUGCCUCACAAAGGCUCUUGUACUGCAAGUGAAAAAGGGAAACAAAAUUGAUAAAAGCUUGACAUCCUCUGCAUAUGCAGCUGCCGUCGCGGUUUUAAAUGAAAAAUUUGCACUUGACUUGAACAAAGAGCAUAUUAGAAAUCGGCUCAAAACAUGGAAGAAGCAAUAUGGUGUAUUAAAGGAGCUACUUGCUCAAAGUGAGUUUCAGUGGGAUGAGAGACAAAAAAUGGUUGUUGCAAAUGAUUCUGUAUGGAAUGAAUACAUCAAGGCAAAUCCUGAUUCCAAGGCUUCCCGGCCCAGUUUCUUAGAAAAUUAUAAUGAUUGGUGUAUGAUAUUGGGUGAUUAUCAGCCAACUGUGAGCUCUUACAGGACCAAAGUUGAAGUUGAUGUGGACUUGCCUAUCGAUGAUGAGCAUGUAGAGAAUGCUGAUGUGGUUCAGAUUUGCAAUGGCAGCUUAAAAGAGAAGGGUAAAAACAUGAUGUGGACAAUUGAAAUGGACCAUUGCCUCACGAAGACUCUUGUAGAUUUAGUAAGACAGAGUAAAAGAAAGGACAAAGUUUUGAAUAAUGCAGUGUAUGCAGCAUCUGCUGCCACUUUAAAUGAAAAUUUUGGGCUUGACUUGAUGGGAGACCAUGUAAGGAAUCGGCUUAAAACCUGGAAGAAACGGUAUGGGGUUCUGAAGGAACUUCUUUCUCAGAGUGGGUUUGAGUGGGAUGAGACACAAAAGAUGGUUGUCGCGAAUGAUUCUGUAUGGAAUGACUACGUCAAGGAACACCCGGAUGCGAGGGCUAUCCGAGGGAAAAUCAUUGAGAACUAUGAUGAGUUAUGUAUUAUCUUUAGCAAUGAUCAGGCAUCCGGAAGUCAUUCCAGAAAUGGAGUUGACAGUGAAGAACAUGUUGAAGCUGCAGAUCAAUUUAUGUCGGUGUAUAAUGAUAUCAACCCUGGUGAUGUAGGGGAUGGCAUGGAGGAGUCAUCCCAGCAGACUGGAUCGCAACCUGCUUCAUCAUCACGCUCCAAAAGGCCCUUAAAGAGAAAACGUGCCAACAAUAUGAUGUUGGAAACCAUGAGUGCUAUGGCUGCAAAUAUUGGAAGGAUAGCGGAUGCACUGGGCCAAAAUAGCAAAACGGUGAACUUGGACGAAUUGUUUGAUGUGGUUCAGAAGAUUCCAGGUUUUGAUGACGAUCUUAUUAUUGAAGCCUGUGAAUAUCUCUCCGUUAACGAGAAGAAGGCUAUGAUGUUCUUAAAGCUAGAUGACAGGUUAAGAAGAAUAUGGUUGUUAAAACGAUUACAUGGUCACCACAGUGGCUAGUAUACUACGCACAGGUUCUAGCGUCGGAUUGUUUGGUGCUCAUUGUUAAUGUGGAUGAUAUGCACAUGAUUUCCCUCCACCGCAUGGACUCUUCUAUAGAUU